CAACAAUAAUAAUAAUAAUAAUAAUAACAAUAAUAAUAAUAGUAGUAGUAGUAGUAGUAAGUAGCCCUACAAGUAAUAGUUGUUUGGCGAUGAAUGAUAACUUCCUUAAAGCAACAAUGGGCUGUAUUUUAUCAGUAACGAGACAAUUUCCCUCUAAAGCCACUAAGAUGACGUUUAAAAUAAUAUCUAAACUGAUUAUUUUUUAUAUUUGAGUGGACAGGUGAAUCCCAUUUACGCCACCGUGUCAUGGUAAAAAUAGCCGCCUGGUUUCUGCAGCAGAAAACUGUUGCAGGCCCAACACUGAUUGGCGGACAAUGCCCAUGUAGGUCUAAUGCAAAUGGCCAAAUCUACCAUAUUAAGCUUUAUCGUCACGUAUUUAAAACUAUUUUUAAAAAUGUAGUAUUUGGGCUGUUUGUUAUCAAUAUUUGUGGGCUGACGGGCCUCUACGUUAGCCACUAAUAGGCUACUAUUCGUUAUUAAUGUUUCAAGUGUUAGGCCCAAAUAACAGUCUAUUUUGUUUGACGAAAGAAUUAAUUUUGAUUUUACUUCAAAAAUAUGCGUCUGUAAGGGACCACAAGACAGACGAGUCCUGUAACAAUGCUAAGUCGAUAAAUUCUAUGUGUACACAGUAAAACACGGCAAACAACGUCAUCACACAAGAUACAAAGACAAUGUCACCACCGAAUAUCUUUUGGAUAACACGUGGUGAGCAAUUGACGUUAUGCGUCUAGACUUGCUUUGGAACACUGCCGCGACCAAAACACCGUCCAAAUAACAUAAGAAUCGUGACUUGGGACUAUAUCGUUGAUCCAUAUUUUCGCAUAGUUCAUUUUAAAUUAGACAUUAAAUGUUCCCUGGCAUUCUUAAAUACAGAUUAUCUCUACACUGAAACCAUUGGUUCACUUUAAAAAAAAAAAAAAAAAACAUUACUUAUAUCCAAAAACGUUAUUUUCACGAAUAUAUAUCUUUUCUCAGCUACUUCAGGCAUGGUUAAAAUAAGCAGACCUAAUAGUCCAUUGUGUUCAUUUAUUCCCAUACUCACGUUCAGAAACAAACUUCGUUCUUUGCCAUUUUGUGUCCGUUCGCUGUGUCCAAGCACUUUUAGGUUUAGGCUGCUUGUCUUGUGAGCGGAAUGUUUAGACAUGCGUCGUGUUGGUUUUACGUCGUUGUAAGAACUCUACUGCAGUUUUUAUGAACGACACGUUUAUGAACAAUCAAAUGGUCCUCGUAAAAAUUUAUUGAAGGACAUAAAAACAUGCACGGUCACUUGCCGAAUAUAGCCGCUGCAGUGGGCAAGUUUUCAAGCGUCUUACGAUUCCCACCCCUCCGGUUUUAAAAUUCCAUUUUACGAGCAAGAUCCCACUUAUGUUUAUUUGCAUAACCCACGAGUCUAGUGAGCUUUUUUUCGCCGCGUAACAAAUGUCACAACAUCCAUUCGAUUUUACAAAUACAGCUGUUGAUUUGAGCCUAAACAAAAGCAAAGUGCGUAUUUAAGAAAAAUAAGUACACCAUACAUUAUUAAAUUUGCCAAGGAAAAAAACAUAUCCUCAAUGUGCAGUUUAUAAUAUUGUAUUAUACUGCCAAAGAUGAGCAUUAGCCUGACAGAGCAAACUGACUUAGCUCCGACGGAGAUUAAUUACAUCAACAAAUAGUACCUUAGACAGGGCUGACAACGUUCCUCAUUCUGCGAAAUGACGAUACAGAACUCUUAAUGUUUUCAUUUACAAAACAGUAGAAAAACAUAAUUGUCCCAUUAUUUUACGACCAGCUCAUUCAUAUAAAAGAGAAAAACCUUUCAGAAAACCGUUCUGAAAUCCAUUGAAGUGCACUGCUAGGAAGACUCGCGCAUUGAUCCACUGUGUAAUUUUUUGGGGGCAAAUAUAAUCACGUGUCACAGACGCAGCCAAUAGCAGCUAGAGAGGCUUGGAGAAAUAAUUACCUGGCUUGAUUGUUCUAUGGGCAGAUAAAAAACUACACAUACACUCCAUAUAAUAAUCAGAUGCAUGUAAAAGAGAGGGGGACUUCGUCAUGUCGACCACUGGUCCCAUAAGUAAUUAUUAUGUGGAUUCCUUGAUAAACCAUGAAAGCGAAGACGUUCUGGCGACAAGAUUCUCCACUCCCGGAUCGCUUCCUCCAGGAUCUCGUUCGACGCCCCUCGUACCGGACUGUGCUGAUUUUCCCAGCUGCAGCUUUGCACCGAAACCUCCCGUCUUCACCAACUCGUGGGGCCCAGUGCACUCUCAGUCUUCAGUGGUCUACCAUCCGUACACCCACCAGCCUCAUUUAGCAACGGACUCCAGGUAUGUGCGCUCCUGGUUAGAGCCUAUCUCCGCCGCCGUGUCCUUCCCCGGCUACCCGGCAAACAGUAGACACUACGGACUGAAACCCGACGCCUUCCCGGAGCGUAGAGCGAGUGAUUGCCUGGGCUCCAGCGGACGCAGCUAUUCGGAUUAUCUCUAUGGCUCCUCCGCAGACAUCCGAGAUAAGACCCAACAGAACAUCCCCUCUCCUGAGUCUGAGGUUUUGGCUUCCGGAAAGCACAAAGACGACAAGCCAGAACUAGACCCGAAUAACCCAGUGGCGAACUGGAUCCAUGCGCGCUCCACCAGGAAGAAGCGGUGUCCGUACACCAAAUACCAGACUCUCGAACUGGAAAAGGAGUUUCUGUUUAACAUGUACCUGACCAGGGACCGUCGAUACGAGGUUGCCCGGGUUCUAAAUUUAACAGAGCGGCAGGUUAAAAUCUGGUUUCAGAACAGGCGGAUGAAGAUGAAGAAAAUGAACAAGGAAAAGAAUGACAGCAAAGAACAGUAACACGCAAAAGAGCUGUGUUCUCUACAAGGACAGAAAAAACCACAUCAGUGAACACCCCCAGCCCCUUAGAACCGCACACAUUAACAAAGACUGCGAGAGGCUAUCUGUGUGUUUUUCUUUUUCAUGUCUUUAAACGUUGAUUUUUCCUGUUGUGUCGUACUUUAUUUCAUCCAACAUUCAGUAAGAGCUAUAGUAAAAUUUCAUUAUGCAGCUACUUUGAAAGGACAGCGGUUUUCCACCUGAUUUGGUGGGAAAAUACUGAACAGAUGGUGAAGUAUGAGCGAGAUAGUACUUGAAAUUUUAUUUUGUUAUUUCUUUUCAUUCGUAAUUUAUGACGUUUAUGUAUGUGCCUAUAUUUUUCCUGCUGUUUCUUAUGCACAUGUAAACGUUGCAUAUUUUGUAUAGAAAGGGGACUGCCACAGCAUCUGUAGUUAUAAAGUCUGGAACGUUUUUCUGUGCGUCUUUGUGGUAGGCCUUCUCUCGUAGUUUAUGGUGUACCUGUUCGUGUAUUUUACUUUAUUUUGAUUAGCCUGUGAUGUUAUGUUCUAAUGUAGGUCGUCGUAUAUUUAAAUAUACCCCUUGUCACCAUAGUCAAGAGUUUCAUGUUCUUCUUUGAAUACAAGUGAUACUUUGUUCCCGUGCACACAAGUGCACAAUUAUGAGAAGGCGCAGACGUAAUGCGUGAGAACUGUGCGCAGCUGCCACAGAUGCAAACCUUUGACUGGGCCUGUAUGUGGUUUAAGAAACGCUGGUCUCUAAACAUAGCAAUUAAUGCUCCUCAUGUUGAACCAGAAAAAUAAAUUUAAGGAAUGGGUUCAAAACUUG